ACUGUAUCGUCACUGUGUCUGGGGCGAGACUACGGGUGUGAGUAUGCCACCCCUGUUUCGGAAUGUCUGCUGACGAGAGUAUUGGUUCCAAAUCGAACGAUGGCGGAUGGAUGCAGGACGUCAACCGCGACUAUACUGACUUGUCGUCAUCAUUGCAACAGUCUGUUGUCGUUACGUUGCCCGCCAGAACGAUAGAUGCCGGGGUAGAUUUUGUUUCACCGUCCACCACAGAGGAGGAAAGCGGAGAGACUGUGAGGGAGGAACGUGGAGAGACUGUGAGGGAGGAACGCGGAGAUACUGUGAGGGAGGAACGCGGAGAGACUGUGAGGGAGGAACAGCGCAGUGGGGUCCCAUUGGAGUCGACUACAAUGCGUGGGUGUGGUCAUACUUAUGAGCAUGAUUACGGAAUGCAACUAGACGGUAGCUGUCAUGUGUGCAACCUCUUUGCUAAAGAAGUGAGUCAUAAGACCCUUGUUUCUACUCCUCCUGUGGUGACUCCUUUAGUAGUGAAUGAAAAGAAGCAUCAGUGUGCGCAGUGUGGAAGAUCAUUUAAACAACGAUGUAAACUGACUGUCCAUAUGUUGAUACACUCGGAUGAGAGACCACAUGGAUGUGAAGAGUGCGGGAAGAGAUUUAAGCGAAAGGACAAAUUAUUGUCUCAUAGGCGAACGCACUCCAAUGAACGACCAUACAAGUGUGUUACUUGCAACAAGACAUUCAAGAGGCAUGACAACUUGGUGGCGCAUUCGCGUAGGCACGACAGAACAAGACGUUACUGGUGUCCUUACUGUGAAAAGAAAUUUGUCAUUUCGUCAGAGAUGAGAGAUCACAUCAGAAGAGUUCAUCCAGGGUUAGCUAUACCUUCUCCAGCUGAAACAAUUGCUCAUGAAGAACCUGAAGAAGAGAAAAUCAAAAUGAAUUUACUGUUGACGGGCAGUGGCAACAGUAUGACAAAUUCCGUGACAGAACUGUUCAAAAGUGACAGUUCGGCAGUUUUAUGUUCAUCCGAGGGUUCUAGUACAGCGAAUUUGUCAGCAGUCAAGUCGGAGGGAAAUGUCCAGCAAGCAACCGACAAGACUGAACAAACUGAACAUGUUUCCGGUUCACUUCUUGGGCUUACACACAGCGAAGAUCCAAGUUUGGCAUUGUCGGAGACGUAUAAGGAAGCAUUAGCUGUUGAUGUUAACUGCUCAUUUUCUCUUGGUCAGCUGCAGCUGUCAGACAUUGUGCUUCACGAAGGCAUGUAUGCAGAUGUUUGUGUUGGCUAUUGGGCUUUUUGUGAAGUUGCGGUCAAGGUGGCACAUUAUAAGGAAAAGAGUCGAUUGAACGUUGCUAUGGACUUAGUCUCUUUGGACGGUUCUGCUGCUCGAUGGAACAUUCGUCAUCCUAACAUCAUGUUAGUCUAUGGUGCAACAGUUCUUACAGACGGACGGUUUGCUGUCGUCAGUGAGCUGCUUGAAUCAUCACUUAGUGAACUAAUAUCUGGUCUUAAUGAAACGCUGAAUCUACGAGAGCGAAGUGACCUAGCGAUGGGCGUGGCUUGUGGACUAAGUCAUCUGCAUCGAAUGGGUGUUGUUCACGGGAGUGUGAGGCCUGAUCACAUACUCAUAACAUACACGAUGACUGCAAAGUUGACGAUACCCGGAAUUCACGGGUUGUUUGAUACUGGAGGAGGUACUAUGAAUGAUUCAAGGAUGCAUCGAAUUCGAUAUGGAAAGUACUUUUCUCCCGAACGGCUCUCGAAGGAUGGAGAAAUCAUCAAGAGACCAACAUUUGAGUCGGAUGUGUAUGGUUUAGUGAUGACAGUCUCUGAGCUGAUUCGAUUUCACUUGACCGAUACUGCAGAAGAAGAGCAGUCACCUUUGCUAUCGGCUCUCGACUAUGAUCCAAAACGAAGAUGUAGUGUAGCCGACAUUGUAAAGUAUCUAUCGUCGUUCAGACUGAGUGAUGUGUACAACGCAUGUGCACAAAAGAGAGAAGUCAAAGGAAAACAUCGCAAUUCUGUAUCUCCCACGUUUUCGUUGUUACUUCUCGGCACAUUUUGUAACGAUUUAGCCCCCACCCCUGCUUUCAGAAUGUCGGUUGACGAAAAUAUCGGUUCGAAAUCGAGCGAUGACGGAUGGAUGCAGGACGUCAAACGCAAAUACAAUGACUUGUCGUCAUUAUUGCAAGAGUCUGCUGUCGUUGCGUUGCCCGCCAGAACGAUAGAUGCCGGGGUAUCUUUCGUUUCGCCGUCCACCACAGAGGCUGUGAGGGAGGAACAGCGCAGUGGCGUCCCAUUGGAGUCGACUUCGAUGCGUGGGUGUGGUCAUACUUAUGAGCAUGAUUACGGAAUGCAACUAGACGGUAACUGUCAUGUGUGCAACGUCUUUGUUAAUGAAGUGAGUCAUAAGACUCUUGUUUCUACUCCUCCCGUGGUGAAUGAAAAGAAGCAUCAGUGUUCUCAGUGUGGAAGAUCAUUUAAGCGACGAUGUAAACUGACUGUCCAUAUGUUGAUACACUCGGAUGAGAGACCACACGGAUGUGAAGAGUGCGGGAAGAGAUUUAAACGAAAGGACAGAUUGUUGUCUCAUAGGCGAACGCACUCCAAUGAACGACCAUACAAGUGUGUUACUUGCAACAAGACGUUCAAGAGGCAUGACAACUUGGUGGCGCAUGCGCGUAGGCACGACAGAACGAGACGUUACUGGUGUCCUUACUGUGAAAAGAAAUUUGUCAUUUCGUCAGAGAUGAGAGAUCACAUCAGAAGAGUUCAUCCAGGGUUAGCUAUACCUUCUCCAGCUGAAACAAUUGCUCACGAAGAACCCAAUGAAGAAAAAAUCAAAAUGAAUUUACUGUUGACGGGCAAUGGCAACAGUAUGACAAAUGCCGUGACAGAACUGUUCAAAAGUGACAGUUCGGCAGUUUUAUGUUCAUCCGAGGGUUCUAGUACAGCGAAUUUGUCAGCAGUCAAGUCGGAGGGAAACGUCCAGCAAGCAACCGACAAGACUGAACAAACUGAACAUGUUUCCGGAUCUCUGCCCAGGCUUGCACACAGCAAAGAUCCAAAUUUGGCAUUGUCGGAGACGUAUAAGGAAGCAUUAGCUGCUGAUGUUAACUGCUCCUUUUCUCUUGGUCAGCUGCAGCUGUCAGACAUUGUGCUUCACGAAGGCAUGAAUACAGAUGUUUGUGUUGGCUAUUGGGCUUUUUGUGAAGUUGCGGUCAAGGUAUCACAUCAGAAGAAAAGGAGUCGAUUGAACGUUGCUAUGGACUUAGUCUCAUUGGAUGGCUCUGCUGCUCAAUGGAACAUUCGUCAUCCUAACAUCAUGUUAGUCUAUGGUGCAACAGUUCUUACAGACGGACGGUUUGCUGUCGUCAGUGAGCUGCUCGAGUCAUCACUUAGUGAACUAAUAUCUGGUCUUAAUGAAACGUUGAAUCUUCGAGAGCGAAGUGACGUAGCGAUGGGCGUGGCUUGUGGACUAAGUCAUCUGCAUCGAAUGAGUGUUGUUCACGGGAGUGUGAGGCCUGAUCACAUACUCAUAACAUACACGAUGACUGCAAAGUUGACGAUACCCGGAAUUCACGGGUUGUUUGAUACUGGAGGAGGUACUAUGAAUGAUUCAAGGAUGCAUCGAAUUCGAUAUGGAAAGUACUUUUCUCCCGAACGGCUCUCGAAGGAUGGAGAAAUCAUCAAGAGACCAACAUUCGAGUCGGAUGUGUAUGGUUUAGUGAUGACAGUCUCUGAGCUGAUUCGAUUUCACUUGACCGAUACUGAAGAAGAAGAGCAGUCACCUUUGCUAUUGGCUCUCGACUAUGAUCCAAAACGAAGAUGUAGUGUAGCCGACAUUGUAAAGUAUCUAUCGUCGUUCAGACUGAGUGAUGUGUACAACGCAUGUGCACAAAAGAGAGAAGUCAAAGGAAAACAUCGCAAUCCUGUAUCUCCUUGACAUAAUUGACUUUUUUUACGAUUUUAAUUUAAUCUAUUUGUGUGAUAGAAUGCACUGAUUUAGCACCCCGUA